UCGAGAGUCUCAAGGCAGCCUAUCUAUUUGAUAUGCAAAUGGAAACCAGGCAGCCAGCAACACGCGACAACUGCCAAACUGGUUAGAUCGCCAUGGACGUCGAGCUCGCGUCGUUGGACGCUCAGCCGCCACCUGAAGGUACCCUCCCAGAUGUGCAGAAGGAGAUCAAAAGCGACGAGCUGAUGCUGGACCUGAGCAAGUACAUCCUGCUGCUGGCGACGCUGGUGGCGACGAUGACAUACGCCGCGGGGUUCAGCCCUCCGGGCGGCGUGUGGCAGGAAACGGACGACGCAGCGGGCCACCUCGCCGGCGACUCCAUCAUCCGGGCAACCAGCUACCACCGGUACCUGGCGUUCUACUACUGCAACGCCACCGCCUUCGCGUCGUCUCUGGUGGUCAUCGUCAUCGUCUUGUUCCUUACCCUCCUACACAAGCGGAGUGGGAGCCAGACGGUCGGCAUCCACAAGCUGCAGACAGUCAUGGUGGUGGACCUGCUGAGCGUCAUGGGGGCCUACGCCGCCGGGACCUGCCGGGACAGGACCACCACCAUCUACUCCUUGGUGCUGGUAGGCGCUGCCGUCGCUUGGCUCAUCAUACAGAUGGUUUGGUCCACCAUUUGGUCAGGUAAGCAAUUCUACUCCACAAACGGCGCUGCCAAUGAUAAACGGCUCCGAAAGGUCCUGAUGCUGCUCGCGACGUUCGCGGUCAGCGUCACGUAUGUGGCUGGGAUGAGCACCCCGGGUGGCUUCUGGGACGCCGGGAGCGGCCACCGCCCUGGCGACGCAAUCCUCAAGGAAGACCAUGGCAAGCACCUGACGGUGUUCCUGUGCUUCAACGCAGCAGCAUUCAUUGCGUCGCUGCUCAUCAUCGUUGUGCUUCUGGACAGGAAGCCUCGUCUGAACGAGGCCUAUGGGCUCAUCACCAUCACUCUGAUUAGCCUUGCCAUCGGCUACAUCGCUGGCAGCUGCAGGGAGAUCGACACGACCGUCUACAUCUCCAGCCUGGUUGGCGCUGUCCUGAUAUUCAUUAUAUUCCUCCAAGUGGCAGUUGCUCAAGGUUGGAUUGAAGGGGUAAAGAAAAUUUGCUUCUGGAACAGAAUCGAAAAAUUCUAUGAUUCCGUGUCACGAAGGUUGCGGAAAGCACAAACAGGAACUCAACUCCCGGGGAGUAACAAUGGCAGGAACACAGCGGAGAAGGCUAGCUCCCUUGUUCUAUUGCUCGCCACUCUUGCCGCAACCAUCACUUACCAGGCGGGGCUGAACCCGCCAGGUGGCGUUUGGCCAGAAAAUGGGGGCGGUCACGUGGCCGGCGACCCGAUCCUGCUAACGACGAACGCUAGGCGGUUCAAGGCCUUCUUCUACUGCAACUCCAUCGCCUUCGUGGCGUCCUUGGUCGCCAUCAUCUUGGUCCAGAACAAGCUUCUGCUCGAGACCCACGUGCUGGAGGCAGCCAUGAUAUUGGACUUGUUUGGCCUUAUCGGUGCUUACGCUGCCGGGAGCUGCCGGGACAUAAGCACCUCCAUUUAUGCAAUGGCCUUGGCGGGUGCCGUCCUGGUCUAUGUGGUGAUCCAUGUCGUCUUCUUCACGUUGCACCACACAGAUACCAUAACCGACUGGGAAAUCGAGUUGGUGGAGAAGAAGCGCAAGUGGCUGCUCCUUUUUGCUGUCUUGGCCGCGACCAUCACCUACCAAGCCGGGUUGACCCCUCCGGGCGGCUUCCGGCUCCAGGACGAUGUGUCCAGCGGCCACUAUGCAGGUGACCCGGUCCUCUUAUACAACUUCCCCCACCGCUACACGGCCUUCUUUUACUGCAACUCGGUGAGCUUCAUGCUGUCCAUCGCCCUCAUCAUACUGCUCGUGAACCCGCAUCUGUAUAGGCCAGCCAUAAGGAGCUAUGCGCUCGCUGUUUGCACGGCGGCGGGCAUGUUUAGUCUGAUGGGGGCCUAUGCUGCCGGAAGCACACAGCACCUGAGAACAUCCAUCUACAUCUUCGUAUUGGUGGCCGUGGUCCUCUUUGUCAUAGUUGUACUCCUGUAUACUGGUACUGGUAACAGAAUUGGUAACACAGACAGUCAACCAAGGCAAAAAAAUGACAACAGAGUAGGGAAACAAAGGCAUGCCAAGCGCAAAUACCUGAUGCUUCUAGGAAUCCUUGUGGCGAGCGCCACCUACCAGGCUGGUCUGAGUCCACCUGGGGGAGCUUGGCAGAGCGACAGUGACUGGUACAGCGCAGGCAACCCUAUCAUGCAUGACAACAGGAGACCCCGGUACCUUGUUUUCUUCUACAGUAACUCCACCUCCUUCGUGGCAUCCAUUGUUGUCAUAGUGCUGCUCCUGCCGCAGUGGAGGAACAAUAAGGACUGGUCGCUCAAGGUGAUGAACACCACAAUUUUCCUGGAUUUGCUUGCUCUCCUAGGGGCAUAUGCAGCUGGCUCCAGCAGGGGGUGGAAGACGUCAAUGUAUGUUGUCGCGCUGAUCGGUGCCGUGCUGGCCUUCGUUGCAAUCCAUAUAGCGCUGGCAUUGUCCUGCACACAUCAGCAUGAUAAUCAGGGCGGUCCAGGAGAUACUCAGUCACACGAGCAGACGAAUGGAGGGAAUGAGGCAUAGUUAGCUGCAAUGCCACCAUUUUAAUUAUCAGUCUGAUCUGCGGCUCUGUUCAUAUGAGACUAGUGGGUGUGAUUCCUCUACAGUCUAUGCUAUCCAAAAUCAAAAUACAACUCCUCUAUUUGUACAUCUAUUUCUCCCUCUUUCUAGAUUUGUAGUUUACUCGACGUAAAUGGAUUACUCUAAAUCUGUAAUGCGUAUGUUGGAGCAUAUUGGGAUAAAA